AUGGCGUCCACUUCUCUCAGCAAAAUGGUCAGAAAUUUGUCAAAAACUCUACUUAAUAGCUCAAGAAUGACAGUAAACUACAGAUUAACAGGAAGAGGGCUAUCAGAUUCACAAAAUAAGGGCGAAAGCGAGAGUAAAGCGGGCGAAAUUAGCAAGGAAUCAGCCUCCAAUGAAAAGCAAGGAGUGAAAGACCCAUAUGCAGCGUUUCCAAAUGAUGUCAAUCCAGUUACUGGUGAAAAAGGCGGACCAAAGGGACCAGAACCGACACGUUAUGGUGACUGGGAAAGAAAAGGACGGUGUAUAGACUUCUAG